CGCCGGUCACAUCAUAAAUGUCACUUUUUGACAGAUCCAUUUUUAACCUGAAAGUCAAUGUUUUUCUUUAUCUUCUCUGCUGCCGAUCAAAGAUUUAUUAGGUGAAAAUUAUGUCGAAAUUAGUGAGAGGUGUCAGAUUCUACAGUCAUAAAGUAAUACCGACACCCAUACGAUCUCGCGAGUAUCUCGAUGAAGUAAGAGCGAGUCUACAAAACGACACUUCACCUGAAGCUGAAGCAUUAAAUCAUCCCGACUUUUUUAACGUACACGAUUUGUUUACCGUGCGCGAUUUGUUCAAUGCCCGCGUUCAUCUCGGUCAUAAAGAUGGAUCAUUGGACGAUCGGAUGAGGCCGUUCAUUUUCGGUUCACGACUGGGACAUUUAAUAUUUGAUUUGGACAAAACUGCAGCACAUUUACGGCAAGCCCUGAACGUAACUGCUCACAUUGCUUAUCGGGAUGGAGUCAUUCUAAUGUUUAACCGGAACGCCCAGAAUGCGCAUAUCGUCGAGCGUACAGCACUUGAAAGUGGUGAAUAUUCACACACACGAUUUUGGAGAGGCGGCAUUUUCACGAACGCCAACGUACAAUUCAAUGCGGUCACUCGUCUGCCGGAUCUUUGCAUUUUCUUCAACACACUCAACAAUGUUCUCGUGCAGCAUUCUGCGGUUAAGGAUUCCGCGAAAAUGGCAAUACCAACUGUCGGUAUAGUGGACUCAAAUUGUAAUCCGAAUUUGAUUACAUAUCCGGUGCCCGGUAACGAUGAUUCACCUGCUGCGAUUGAGUUGUAUUGUAAAUUGUUCAAGGAAGCGAUAUUAAGAGGCAAGGAAAAGCGUAAAGAAAUGCUGGCAAAAUCCACAGAAGGUGAAACGAAACCGCUGGAUCAGUAGAGUCGUUUAAUUUGAAUUUAGUCCAGUUGUCGUUAGAGAUGCGUCGAAUAAAGGAAACAUUAGUCAUAAACGAAAA